CCCUAGACCGGGAGUACACUGAUACGCCGCAGUCAUCAUCUUCCCCCCUGUCUUCUACCUUUUCAUUUUUUUUUUCUUUUUCAAUUUUCCGCCUUGCCCUUUAUUCUUGCUGCAAAUUCUAUCUCUCUCUCACUCUCAGAAACAGAAACAGAAACUUUCAUUGAACGGCUCUCUUUUUCAUUUAUUUUACCCAUAAUAACUUUAGCCAUAUAUACGUACAAUCCCUCACAAUUGUCGUCUGGUGAGGUGAGGUGAGGCGAGGCGUUUUGAGGCGAUUUUUUUUACCGUCAGAGAAAAUGGCUGCAAGGGUUGCUAUGAAAUUCAUGAGCGAAUGCUUUGUAUCUAGGAAGCUUAAAUCAAAUAAUAUUACAAGGCAUUAUUUUUCCACUACAGCUUCGACUAUUAAUCCUCCUAAUAUCCCCAAGAAAGUUCCUCAUGUUUCCAAAAAGGGUAGGUUACUCACAGGAGCCACAAUCGGUCUACUUAUAGGUGUAGGUGCCUACGCCAGUACCGUGGAUGAAGCAACUUUCUGUGGCUGGCUUUUCAAUGCAACAAAACUGGUCAAUCCAAUCUUUUCAUUUUUGGAUCCAGAAGUCGCCCACCGAUUGGCUGUUUCUGCCGCAGCUCGUGGAUGGGUCCCAAUAGAGAAAAGGCCGGACCCAUCAAUCUUGGAACUACAAGUUUGGGGAAGGAGGUUCUCCAAUCCUCUUGGUCUUUCUGCUGGCUUUGACAAAAAUGCUGAGGCUGUUGAAGGCUUACUUGGCUUAGGUUUUGGCUUUGUGGAGGUAGGAUCGGUUACUCCAGUCCCGCAGGAGGGUAAUCCAAAGCCUCGUAUAUUCAGACUGCCUAAGGAAGGUGCUAUAAUUAAUAGAUGUGGCUUCAAUAGCGAAGGAAUAGUUGUUGUUGCGAAGCGGUUGGGUGCACAACAUGGUAAGAGGAAGUUAGAAACGUCAAGCACUGCAUCUUCCGCAGUUGAUGAAGUUGUACAUGGUGGGAAAGCUGGUCCUGGAAUUUUGGGGGUUAACCUUGGAAAGAAUAAGACCAGUGAAGAUGCUGCGGCAGAUUAUGUACAAGGAGUUCAUACAUUAUCCCAAUAUGCUGAUUACUUGGUUAUCAAUAUUUCAUCUCCCAAUACUCCUGGGCUGCGCCAACUUCAGGGGAGAAAACAAUUGAAAGAUCUUGUUAAGAAGGUUCAAGCGGCUCGUGAUGAAAUGCAAUGGGGUGAGGAAGGGCCACCUCCUUUGCUUGUGAAAAUUGCUCCAGACUUGUCUAAACAAGAUCUUGAAGAUAUUGCGGCAGUUGCUCUUGUACUUCGAGUGGACGGAUUGAUUAUAUCAAACACAACGAUUCAAAGACCAGAUCUUGUUAGUGAAAACCCCGUUUCUCAAGAAGCUGGAGGCUUGAGUGGGAAGCCUCUGUUCGAUUUAUCCACAAAUAUCCUGAAAGAUGUGUAUAUUCUCACAAAGGGAAAGAUUCCUCUGAUAGGCUGUGGAGGUAUUAGCAGUGGUGAGGAUGCAUACGUGAAAAUACGAGCCGGAGCGACUCUUGUUCAGCUAUAUACCGCUUUUGCAUACGGCGGGCCUGCUCUUAUACCUAAGAUAAAGGCUGAACUCGCUCAGUGCUUAGAGAGGGAUGGCUACAAGUCCAUCUACCAGGCAGUCGGAGCUGAUUGCAGACAACCGUAAUGAAUUCAUACAAUUUUCAGAGCUUCACAGGUUCAAUAUGCAUGUACAGAGGGGACAUGGGUUUUUGUAGCGUGGAGUGCAGGUGCAGGCAGAUAUCUAUGGAUGAAGAGGAAUCUGCAAGAAGUGGUUGUACAAGUGAGUACAAGUACUGUUCAUUAUUCGCCAUGAAACCCCAACAAAUGCCUCCAUCUCCAUCAUCAUCUUAUUCUUCUAGUGGAAAAGGAAGCAGAAACAUGGCAAAUACUUUUGUGUACCGAAUGCUUCUGUUAAGAGAUUUAUCUUCCACUUUUGCCCAUGCCACGGUAUUUACAUGACAAUGAAGUCCUCCUUUUUCUUCGAAUGUAACCAAGAAAUCUUGAGUUUGUUUUGUCAAUUGAAAGGUGUUUUUGGUAGUUUGGUUAUGUUUCUUGGUUAUGAUUAGUUGGUUUUAAUUACUCUUAAUCGAGUUCCAAAUGUUGAAAGUUUCGGGAUUAAUAUAUAUGGAUGUUCUAAAGAUUA